CCCUCAGUCGCCGUGCGACAGAUUGGGGAGAAUGGCUGCCAGUGGAGACGUAGGAAAGCUGUUACAAGUACAGAAUGGGACUCCAGCAAGCACAAGCUACAACGGGGUAGAUGCCCUUCAUGCCUGUAACAUCCUCCAGCAGCUUAAAGCCUUGUACGACGAAGCUCAGCUGACUGACAUUGUCGUGGAAGUGGACCAUGGCAAAACAUUCUCUUGUCACAGAAAUGUCCUCGCUGCCAUCAGUCCUUACUUCAGAUCCAUGUUCACAAGUGGCCUUACAGAGAGCAGUCAGCGGGAGGUGCGGAUUGUUGGCGUGGAGUCUGAGUCCAUGCAUUUGGUUCUGGACUACGCUUACACCUCACGUGUCACUCUCACCGAGUCUAACGUGCAGGCACUGUUCACUGCCGCCAGCAUCUUCCAGAUCCCAGCCCUCCAAGACCAGUGUGCCCAGUUCAUGAUCAGCCGUUUGGACCCUCAGAACUGCAUCGGGGUCUUCAUGUUCGCAGAUGCUUACGGCCACCAGGAGUUGCGGGAGCGCUCGCAGGAUUACAUCCGCAAGAAGUUCCUGUGCGUGAUGGGAGAGCAAGAGUUCCUUCAUCUGACCAAAGAACAGCUGGUCAGCAUUCUCAACAGCGACGAUCUGAACGUGGAAAAAGAGGAGCACGUGUACGAAAGCAUCGUUCACUGGUUGGAGUAUGACUGCUCACGUCGGGAGGCAGAUUUACCUGAGGUUUUUGCCAAAUGCAUCCGCUUGCCCCUGCUGGACGAGGCCUUUCUGAGCCGUAUACCCCCAGCCUUCGCCCUGGCCUUGUCCAGGGAUCCCUCGGAUAAGGGUCGGCUCAAUGGCACCAAUGGCUGCCCGCAACGGCUGGGUAUGACUGCAUCCGAGAUGGUCAUCUGCUUCGACGCGGCUCACAAGCACUCAGGGAAGAAGCAGACCGUGCCUUGCCUGGACAUUGUUGCCGGUAAGGUGUACAAGCUUUGCAAGCCACCUAAUGACCUCAGAGAGGUUGGCAUUUUGGUCUCGUCAGAGAAUGACAUCUUCAUCGCUGGAGGCUAUCGGCCGAGCAAUAGUGAGGUGUGCAUCGACCAUCGCGCAGAGAGUGACUUCUGGCAGUACGAGCAUGCUGGCAACAGGUGGCUCCCGCGAUCGCCCAUGCUGCGGGCGCGCAUCGGCUGCAGGCUAGUGCACUGCUACGGGAAACUCUAUGCUAUGGGUGGUCGAGUGUAUGAAGGGGACGGACGAAAUGCUUUGAAAUCUGUGGAGUGCUAUGAUGCCAGAGACAACUGCUGGACAGCGGUCAGUCCCAUGCCGGUGGCCAUGGAGUUCCACAGCACAGUAGAGUAUAAGGAUCGCAUAUAUGUGCUGCAAGGAGAAUACUUCUUCUGUUUUGACCCACGCAAAGACUACUGGGGCCAUUUACCUUCCAUGAAAGUUCCCCGUACUCAAGGCUUGGCCGCCCUGUACAAAAACUGCAUCUACUACAUAGCAGGCAUCUGCAGAAACCACCAGCGCACGUUUACCGUGGAGGUGUACGACAUCGAGCAGAACACCUGGUGCCGUAAAAGAGACCUCCCCUUCGAGCAAGCGACCAGCCCCUACAUCAAGGUGCUUCUGCUUCAGGGCAGAUUGCAUCUGUUUGUUCGGGCUACGCAAGUAAUGGUAGAAGAACACGUGUUUCGUACCAGCCGCAAGAAUUCUCUCUACCAGUACGACGAUGAAGCUGACCAAUGGACAAAGGUCUACGAGACGCCGGACCGCCUCUGGGACCUCGGCCGCCAUUUUGAGUGUGUGGUGGCCAAACUAUACCCUCAGUGUCUUCAGAAAGUGCUGUGAGCGUCGAGGAUGUGCUGUUUGAGACAGCUGAUCAAUAUUUUUGGAGAAGAGGGAUGAUGGUACUGCUCAAUACAUGGUGCUGUUUGUGUCCCCAACACCAGAACUGCAGGGGAAGUCUUAAAGCGUUAAAGGUUUCAAUCAAUAAACUCGAGGGUGCUGUUUGAAAAAGGAAAAAAAA